CUCAUCGACGCGGGAACGUCGAUUUCCUCGGACGAGGUGUAAGCCACUGGACUGUUAUUAGUCGACUCCCGCGCUCUCAUAUGUAGCUGAGUCGCGAAAGCUUAAGAUCCUUCCAUUCCUCAGCGCAGUCUACUUGAUCGAUCUCAAGACCGCCAGGAAACAUCAUAUCAUCUCUUGUUAUUGUCCCUGUUAGAACAGGACGUGAAUGCACCAUGUUCGAGACUGAACAUGGUCGUUGGCAAGCGGUGCAGACACGGUCAAAGUCCGCAGACUCGGCAUUCGUAUACGCCGUCACCACCACCAGGAUAUUCUGCAGGCCGACAUGUCCGGCACGCCUGGCUCGCCGAGCGAACGUCAAGUUCUAUGACACCUCGAUCAAAGCGACUGCAGCCGGUUUCAGACCCUGCAAGCGCUGCAUGCCUGAUCAAGUCCACCUUGAGGGUAGCGUCAUUACCAAACCGCAGAAGGAAAUCGUGAAGAAGGCCUGCGAUUAUAUCAAGAAGACCAACGGCAAUACCACGCUCAAGGAGAUUGCUGGGAAUGUUGGUAUUUCGGCCAGAUAUCUGCAUGGGAUAUUCAAAGAUAUAACUGGGUUGACGCCUGCAGUGUAUGCGGCCAGGAUCAAGAGCGAAGGCCUCGAAGGAGGUCCCGAGGCCACAUCCCAAGAACAAAGCCCUCAAUCAUUUGGUAUCAUCUCCAAUUGCAGUCUUUCUGGGAAUGACUGGGCCGGCCGGUCCGAGGACAGCGAUGUUCUGCAAGCAGACGCCGAUACCAAUCUCGAUUUCUACACCUCUGUUGCCUCUUAUGAAGCAGCAGAGGAACAGCUGAGAUGUCUCGAAACGCAGAAUGAUCUUCUUUGGAACAGCGACCACGCAAUCACGUGGCAGUUGGGGCUCUCACCGAACGAGCAAUCUGAUCUGUCAAUGGGUGACGACUAUUUUGGACCGUAUAUGCCGGUGAUUCAGCAACAGCAACUUGAUGGCGUGGAAAAUCGGGAAUGGGGCAUUGGAACCGUCAAAGGGGCGUUGGAUAUAUCUGCAUUUCAUUGGACUGAUAUCGACGACUGGUCAUGUCUUGUUUCGAGGUAAACACAAGCCGUACGUAGCAGAAUGUCCUUGAAAGUCCUGGUGGUGCAAGGAAGUAGUUCUUACCAGGUAUCUACCUUAUCCAGACCCUUGCGCCUUCAGGUUUGU